GUCAGCUGACUGUCUUGUGACAAAUUUACUUGCUUGGUUAAAAGUUGAUAGUCCGUCGUCUUGCGAGUUGUGAAUUGACUGGGUGAGGUUGAAAGUGAUACAAGUCUACAUUCAUAAUGUCGAGAUUAAUUGCUGAUGAGGAACAGGAAUCACAGUAUGGAUAUGUCCAUGCUGUAUCUGGACCAGUCGUUACGGCCGAGAAAAUGUCAGGAUCAGCUAUGUACGAAUUGGUUCGAGUAGGAUACUAUGAGUUAGUAGGCGAAAUUAUCCGUCUGGAAGGUGAUAUGGCCACCAUUCAGGUAUAUGAAGAAACUUCUGGAGUAACGGUGGGAGAUCCUGUGUUGCGUACCGGUAAACCUCUAUCUGUGGAACUUGGGCCAGGUAUUAUGGGUUCCAUCUUUGAUGGUAUCCAACGUCCGCUGAAAGACAUCUGCGACAUGACGGAAAGUAUCUACAUUCCCAAGGGUGUGAAUGUGCCUUCACUCUCCAGAACUAUCAAAUGGGAAUUCAACCCAAUCAACAUCAAGUUGGGAUCCCACUUGACAGGUGGAGAUAUUUAUGGUAUGGUCCACGAAAACACCCUUGUUAAGCACAAAAUGAUCCUCCCACCAAAAUCUAAGGGAACAGUUACAUACGUGGCAGAACCAGGAAACUAUACUGUUGAUGAAGUUGUAUUGGAAACUGAGUUUGAUGGAGAAAGGUCUAAAUACACUAUGUUACAAGUCUGGCCAGUUCGACAGGCAAGACCUGUUAGUGAAAAACUCCCAGCUAAUCACCCGCUUCUCACAGGACAGCGUGUAUUGGACUCUCUUUUCCCAUGUGUGCAAGGAGGAACCACUGCUAUUCCCGGUGCUUUCGGUUGUGGUAAAACUGUAAUUUCCCAGUCACUUUCCAAGUAUUCCAACUCUGAUGUCAUUGUGUAUGUAGGUUGUGGAGAGAGAGGUAAUGAGAUGUCUGAAGUAUUGAGAGAUUUCCCUGAACUGACUGUGGAAAUUGGUGGUGAGACCGAAUCUAUCAUGAAACGUACCGCCUUGGUUGCAAACACCUCCAACAUGCCUGUCGCUGCCCGUGAGGCUUCUAUUUAUACUGGUAUUACCCUGUCUGAAUAUUUCCGUGAUAUGGGUUACAACGUUUCCAUGAUGGCUGACUCUACAUCACGUUGGGCUGAAGCUUUGAGAGAAAUUUCAGGACGUUUGGCUGAAAUGCCUGCUGAUUCUGGUUACCCAGCCUACUUGGGUGCUCGUCUUGCCUCUUUCUAUGAACGUGCUGGUCGCGUCAAAUGUUUGGGUAACCCUGACAGAGAAGGAUCGGUUUCUAUCGUAGGAGCAGUAUCUCCACCCGGUGGUGACUUCUCAGAUCCCGUUACUUCAGCAACUUUAGGUAUCGUACAAGUGUUCUGGGGUUUGGAUAAAAAACUUGCCCAGCGUAAACAUUUCCCAUCUAUUAACUGGCUCAUUUCUUAUUCGAAAUACAUGAGGGCUCUGGACGAUUUUUAUGACAAGAACUUCCCAGAAUUCGUAUCACUCAGAACCAAAGUCAAGGAAAUUCUCCAGGAAGAAGAGGACCUCUCAGAAAUUGUGCAACUGGUUGGUAAAGCCUCUUUAGCCGAAGCAGACAAAAUCACCCUUGAAAUCGCCAAACUGUUGAAAGAAGACUUCCUCCAACAAAACUCCUACUCCUCCUACGACAGAUUCUGCCCGUUCUACAAAACGGUAGGCAUGCUCAAGAACAUGAUCGGACUGUACGACAUGUCGAGACACGCUGUAGAAACGACCGCCCAAUCUGAAAACAAAAUAACCUGGAACGUAAUCAGAGACUCCAUGAGCAACAUCCUCUAUCAGCUCAGCAGUAUGAAGUUCAAGGACCCCGUCAAAGACGGAGAAGCCAAAAUUAAAGCAGACUUCGACCAGCUCUAUGAAGACAUCCAACAGGCCUUCAGAAACUUGGAGGAUUAAGUGGGGGUCGCGUAGGACUGUGCAGCUUGGGGUUUUAGGUUUCGAAGAUGUUUCUCUGGAACUGCACUUGGUCACUAUCAGAAGGCCUCUGUCCCUCACUCUGGGUAUUGUCAACCAGCGGAAGUAGUAAUAAUGGGGUUUUCCCUUUUGAUAUUAUCAUGUAUAAUAAUAAAUCAUGUAAAUUUUUCGAGUAUGUGUAUAGUUUUUGAGAUUUCUUGGUGAGGGUAAGUGUUGAAAACUAUAAUUUUUCCCAUCAUUCCAGUUACUUUUAAGUUUGAUUUUUUUUUUCAUUGAAAUAGGUGCUUAUCAGUUGUCCAGUAUUAUCGAUUUCAUUGAACUGUGGCCAUUUUCGAAAUCAUUUACACAUUUUAAAGCUGUUGUACAUUAUAUUUACCUUUUUAAAGAUAUAUCUUACUAUUGUACAGUUUACCAUGUAUCCAAUGUCUAGAGGUUUAGAACUUUUGAUUGUAGUGCUAUUGUUCUGUUUUGAACGAUAAUAAACAUACAUACUGUUGUU